UAAUAUUUGUUUAUCAACUUUAUUAUACUCAAAUAUUUAUCAAUAAAUCAUUUACGUUUCUUCCUUCCCCGCUAGCUAUAUAUAGAGUCUCCUUCAAUUCUUUCCAUACAUGCAAAAUGGCUCCUCUAAUGAACUCAAACACUUCAUCCACUCUUGUUCUUUACCCUGCAUCACAAAGAGAGGAACCCAAAAAAGAAAACAUGGUUUCUAUAUUUGACUCAAACAUGCUCCAAAAACAAGUGAACAUGCCAAAAGAGUUCAUUUGGCCAUCUAUAGACUUAGCUAACACAACCCAAGAGGAGCUAAAAGAGCCUCUCAUAGACCUAAGCAUCAUGAAAGGUGGUGAUGAAAAAGCCAUUGCAAGUGCUGCAGAGCUUGUUAGAAAAGCAUGCAUGACUCAUGGCUUUUUUCAAGUGGUAAACCAUGGUGUGGAACAAGAGCUUAUCAAUGAUGCUUAUUGUGAAAUUGAUUCCAUUUUCAAGCAACCUAUUAGCAGGAAGAUGAGUGCUAAGAGGGUAGCUGGUGGAAUCUCUGGAUACUCAGGUGCUCAUGCAGAUAGAUACUCUUCUAAGUUACCAUGGAAAGAGACAUUUUCUUUUGUGUACAAUCAUCAAAAUAGCUCCAACUCUCAGAUUGUUAACUACUUCAAAUCUGUCUUAGGAGAUGACUUUCAAAACACUGGAUUGGUUUAUGAAAAGUACUGUCAAGCAAUGAAUGAAUUAUCUUUAGUAAUUAUGGAGCUUCUGGCCAUAAGUUUGGGGAUAGAUCGUUUGCAUUAUCGAAGAUUUUUCCAAGAUGGUGACUCAAUAAUGAGGUGUAACUAUUAUCCACCUUGCAAAAGUUCAGGCCUCACCUUUGGUACAGGUCCUCACUCUGACCCUACUUCAUUGACUAUUCUUCAUCAAGAUCAAGUUGGAGGCUUACAAGUUUUUGCAAAUCAAAAAUGGCUUUCCGUUCGCCCUAGAUCUGAAGCCUUAGUCAUUAACAUAGGUGAUACUUUCAUGGCCUUAUCAAAUGGGAGAUACAAGAGUUGCUUGCAUAGAGCAUUGGUGAAUAAAUACAAAGUAAGAAGAUCAUUGGUUUUCUUUGUGUGUCCAAGAGAAGAUAAGGUUGUGAAACCAUUAGAAAGUUUGUUAAGCAAGAAUGAAGCAAGAAAGUACCCUGAUUUCACAUGGGCUAGUUUGUUUGAGUUCACACAGAAACACUACAGAGCUGAUGUUGCUACCCUACAAAGCUUCUUUCAGUGGCAUUCAUCUUCCAAAUUAUUAUGAAUCAUGAUGAUAUUUCUAUUUUUUUAAUGAUGUUAUUAUUAUUGUUUUACUUCAUUGUUUCCUUCUAUAAGUGGCACCCCACAAAUUAUUAACUUGGUAUAAUUAUCAUGUGUAUAUUUAAAAGCUAGUGUUGUGAUUAUAUUUAUGUAUAUGCUUCUGUUUGAUAUGAUUGGUUUUUGUGCACAGACUAGCUUGCAGCUACAAACUAAACUAGAA